AUGUAUUUUUUAAUCAUUUUAAGUGCCUUAGUAGUGAUAAAUGCAACAGAAGAAGCGCGAGUUUACAAUGGCAAUGAUUUAGAUCCAACCGAACAAGGGUAUUUAGUACUUCUGCACAUUCUCACAGAAGCUAACGUCAGAAUAAAGUGCAGCGGCUGCAUCAUAGCCUCGAACUGGAUACUCACUACCGCGCACUGCUUGCCAACUCAGAAACGGGUUAAAAUUAUUUAUGUCCGACAGUACGUACACCAAGUCCUUAGGACAUUAGCGCAAGUAAAACCUAACAAUACUUUUCCACAUUCUAGCUAUGUGCAAGGUGAUUACACAAUUGCAAAUACCCAAUACGAUAUUGCUUUGUUGAAAACUUCGAAGAAAAUACCAUUCGAUGAAUACGCUAAGUCGAUCGAACUAGCAAGGGCUUCGCCCAGAAAUAAUCAAUCCGCAAUCAUAGCUGGAUAUGGAUUAAACGAUCUCGGCGAGUCCUUGGCACGACAAGGUGUGGUCAGAGUUACUAAAUGCCCUUUCACAUAUUCUGAGCGUCUGCUCUGCUCAAACAGCACGGUGAAGAGUGGACACGGGGACUCCGGAGGCGCGCUGGCUGCAAACGGAAAAUUAAUAGGAGUAGUAGCGGGAAGUUCAGUUCGUAACUGCGGUGAAACAGACCCAGAAACAUUGUGUACUACAGUUUAUGUAAAUGUCGCAUCUCAUUAUAAAUGGAUAGAUAAUGUUAAACGAACGCACGUGUAA